AUGGAAGCUCAUCCACCUUUCGAUAUAAUUGGCUUGGAGGACGAUAGAAAUCACCAAAGAAAUUUAGAUAAUUUCGUGCUAUCUCCAACCAAAUUAGUAACUUCUUUUGACAGUGAGAUAAAUUUAGCAGCAUUUGGUAGAAAUAAUAAUACCAGAAAUGUUACACUAGAUUAUAUGGUAGCAUUACUUAAGGAAAGAAAACAAUUAGUUGUGUUUCGGGAACACUUUCCAAAUGUUAUCAACUUAUUGGAUGAAGAGGUAUCUCGUGUACGUAUGUCACUUUUUCAAUGUGACUUUUCAAACGCUUCAUUAGAGUUACCUGAACCUCGAGGUAAUGUUGUUUUGGCUCAAAAAAAAGUUUAUGUUCCUGUUGAUAAGUAUCCUGAUUUUAAUUUUGUUGGAAGAAUUCUUGGACCUAGGGGCAUGACUGCAAAACAACUUGAACAGGAAACUGAUUGUAAAAUAAUGGUUAGAGGUAAGGGAUCUCUAAGAGAUAAGAAAAAGGAGGAGACAUUUAGAGGUAAACCAAAUUGGGAGCAUUUGGAUGAUGAACUUCAUGUUCUUAUACAAUGUGAAGAUACUCAAAAUAGAGCUGAAGUAAAAAUUAGUAAUGCUGUUAAUCAAGUUGAUAAGUUGCUUGUUCCUGCACCAGAGGGUUCUGAUGAACUUAAACGUAAACAACUUAUGGAGUUGGCUAUUAUAAAUGGAACUUAUCGUUCUGCUACUGGUAGUAAAUAUCCUGCAUCAGGAUUAAAACCAACACCACUGUCUUUGAAUAUAAAUAACUCUCUUUCUGGUAAAGGCGAUGAAUCACUUAGUAGAAGUAUGUCCUGUGGAUAUUAUCCUACUUCUCCUAUCUUCCCACAAACUAUAUAUGGACUUCCUCAACCAAUGUCAGCAGGUUUUACUGAUAAAGGAUUCUUCUCAUCACCAUUGUCACCCUAUGACAUGACAGUUCCUAGCUUUGAUGCAUUAUUAAAUAAUGUUGAUUUUACAAAGCUUAAGUUAUUGUCUUCCGGAACUCCUUCAUCCACCUCUGAUGUAUUUACUUUUCCAUCAAAUUUAAUGUCACCAAAUGCAAUUAAUGAUACAUCUAAGAGAGUAACAUCUCCAAAUAACAAAUAUAAAUGCCGUGAAACUCAUAAAUCAACUUUGAAACCUGGGAAUACUUUGUCACCAUCAUGCUGA